AUGGACAUUGAAGACCCUGCAACCGGUUCCCAGCAGAUGUCUGUGUUUGUUGCCCCUGUUUUUCAUCACGGUGGGAGACUAGAGAAAGAUUCAAAUGGAGUGUUACGCUAUGUAGAUGGGAAGAUUGAGAAAUUUCCACCGAUGGAUGUUGAUUUUGUCAACAAGAAGGACUUGGAAGAACUCUUCAGGGGAUUAGGUUAUCUGGAAUACAAAGAAAUUUAUUGGCUUGAUCCAGCAGCAAGAAACUUGGAGUUUGGGCUUCAUAUCCUUAAGGGUGAUCAGGAUAUUAAUGACAUGUGUGAAGCCACCUUAAGUUGUCCAGAUAAGUAUGAGUUCUACAUCUACUUUGAGCACCCGGUAAGCCAACCAAUGCAAGCCGAACCAGAGCCAGAACCAGAGGAAGAGCCCGUUGUGGUGACAGAUGAAUCCUCAUUGGAUGACGGAUACGAGAGUGCCGAGGAUGAGGCCUACAAGCCGCCACCUCCUGGUUAUGAGAGUGAUAGCAGUGAUAUUGAGUCAGCAGAAAGGAGUGGAAAAAAAACAAAGGAAAAAACUUCGGUGUCUGCAAGAAACAAAAAGAAAGUGUCACCCAAGAAGAAUGGAAAGAAAUCAUCCAAGAGGUAUACUGGGAGGAGGAGGAAGAGACAUGUGCUACAUGGUGAAUCUAGUAAAGGGAAUGGAACUGAGACACCUCCAAGUGGGUUGGGUUCUGGCCAAGGGCCAGUUGAGACAGAUAUGGGAGGGCCAGUUGAAGAUGAAUUAGGAGGUCCAGCAGUGGCUAAUGAGGAGAGUGAUGACUACAAAUAUGAAUAUGCUUCGGAAGACUGUCAUACCCCGGUAUCUUCUGAGGAUGAGAGGACAACGCACGGACUUGAUUUCAAUGAAGAAAAUGAAUAUGGAGAGGUUCAGUUUGAGCUUGGAAUGCAAUUUGCGACUAUGGAGAAAUUUAAGAAGGCCUUGAAGGAUGUAUUUGUCUGGGAUGGAAGAGAUUGCAUGUAUAUAAAAAAUGAGAAGGAGAGGGUCAGGGCUAGAUGUGCAGAGGAGAACUGCCCAUGGUUGAUAUACGUGGCAAGGAACUCAAAAACAAUGGCUUUUGAGAUUAAAACAUUUAACAACAAGCAUACAUGUGGAAGGGAUUAUGGAAGUAACUUGGCCGAUAGGGUUUGGGUCACAGAUAAGUUGGAAAAAAGGUUGGCAACACAGCCUAAGCUGACACCGAGGGAAGCAACGGAGCAUCUGAAACAGGAUUAUAAUGUUCAGGUCCAUCCUAAAAUGAUCCAAAGAGCUUUGAAAGCAGCUAGGGAAAUUGUGAACGGCAAUGACAGGGCACAGUAUGGGAAGUUGUGGGAUUAUUUGCAAGAGUUGCACAGGAGUAACCCAGGCAGCACGGCUGACAUGUGUGUUGACCCAAUUCCGCAGUCUCUACCACUGUUUGACAAAAUUUACAUUUGCUUAGAUGCGUGCAGAAAUGGUUUUGUUAAGGGCUGUCGACCACUAAUAGGCCUAGAUGGUUGCUUCUUAAAAGGUUAUUACGGAGGGCAGCUCCUAACUGCAAUGGCACUUGAUGCUAACAACCAUGUAUUCGUUAUUGCAUAUGCUGUGACAAGAGCUGAAAACACAGAGAACUGGAUGUGGUUCUUGACGCGGCUUCAGGAUGAUUUGGGAGACCAUCAAGUGCGCGGAUGGAAUCUGAUGUCCGACCAACAGAAGGGACUUAUGCGUGCAGCCAAGGAAGUCAUGCCCUAUGCACACCACAGAAAUUGUGUGCUGCAUAUUUGGAAGAAUCUUCAACAAAGGUUCAAUAACAAGCAGGUAAAGGGUCUGUUAUGGCAUGCUGCCAAGUGCACCACUCAGGUGCAGUUCAAAGCGGCAAUGGAAAAAUUUAAAAGUGUGUGCCAUGGAGGAUGGGAGUACAUGAAUCAAUUUGACCCAGCAGUUUGGUGCAAGGCAUAUUUCAGCCAUGGUCCGAAGAAUGACAGCCUCACCAAUAACAUGUGUGAGGUUUGGAAUUCUAUGAUACUUGAGGCCAGGGAGAAGCCCAUUCUAACAAUGUGUGAAGAGAUAAGGUGUACAAUAAUGAAAAAGAUGGCCAAGCACAAGAGGAUUCUAGGAAGAUGCACUGGGAAACUGGCACCAGCGCAGCAGUGGAGGCUUGACAGGCACAUUAAACCUCAGAGUCAUAAAUGGAAUGCACAAUGGAGCGGAGAUAAUGACAGGGUUCUAUUUGAAGUUACUAGGGGAAAACACAAGUUGGGAGUCAACCUCCAACAUCAUACAUGCACUUGCAACUCAUGGCAGUUGACAGGGAUGCCAUGUGUCCACGCAGUUGCUGCUAUAUCUAGGUUGAGGAUCAAGGCUGCCGAAGAAUUUGUGAGCCCUUAUCUCACUAUGGAUGCUGUCAGGAAAACAUAUGAUUUGUGUGUAAAUCCAGUCAACAGCGAAGAAUUCUGGGAGAAGACAGACCAUCCAAAGCCACAACCUCCCAGGAUAAUAAGACCAGCUGGUCGUCCAAAGAAACGCCGGACUGAAACUGGUGCACCACCUCCCCCCCAAGUGAUUGGAGACAAAGUCAGAAGGACUUUUCAGGUAACGUGUAGCAAAUGCGGGGAGAAGGGUCAUUAUUAUAAAACCUGCAAGGGAGCACCGGCUACACCGGAUUGGCAACCAAAAAGGAAGAAGGCAAAAGCGGCCACCAGAGCUAUGUGUGUGUUGACCGAAAAUGUUGCUCCUGCCCCUCCCCCUAUAGGGAAUGUGGCUAAUACUGAGGAACCUGCACCUGUUAACCUGGAACCUCUUGACAAGGCUAGGAAAAACAAGAAAAAAAUGCCAAAGAGGCCGCAGGUAGAGCCAGAUGAGAUAAACAUCUCACAAACUGCCCCAACAGCCCCAACUGCAGAGGUUCCAGGAACUGACGAACCUGCUCCAAUGAACCAGGCCACAACUCAGGCUCCAAAUGCUCAGCCCCCUUCUGCAGCUCCAAAGUUUAGGCCCAAACAGAGUGUCAGAAGGCCCCAAGGACAUCCAAUGCAGCCCAACCAACCGUCUCACAAUGUACAACCCCAACCACAAGCACAAGGCUUACAACAAAACUCUCAUGCAGUCUCCAAUGAAACUCUGGCAGCAGCUAGCCCUGGGACCUCAGCAAGGCUAUUUCAGUUCAUUCCAACUCCAGGAAUGAAGCCUCCACCAAAGAAACAGUGAAACAACCUGCUAUAUGGAUAUCAUGUUGUUAGGGAAUGUAGAAUUUUGGUUUAAGGGGACACUCUAUGUUAGUUAUUUUGGUUAUGGUGUUGAUGUUAUCAUUAGGUUCUGAUUUCAAGCCUUGAUUUACAGAUCCUCUCAAGUUUUUUGGUAUUAGUUUUAGUGUCAACUUGGAAAAAACUGACAUUGU